AUGGGGAAUACGGCCCCGGGAAUAGAAAAAGCUUCUGUUGAAGCCUUGUUGAAAUUUGGACAGAAAGCUGGAGACCCGCUGGAUCGGGCUCUAGUGACAGAUUUGUUGUCUUGGGCACGCCGUAGAGGCUUACUCAAGGAAACUGCACAAGUUUUUAAAGACGAGACGUGGAAGCAUAUAGGGGAGGAAAUAUGGGAAUCUGUCCAGACUGAUAAUAAAGAAGCAAAAAGACUUGCUUCAACCUAUCGACAGAUCAGUCUCUUAGUACAAAAAAUAGGGGCGGAGGCAGAAGUUGAAGCAAUAAUUCAGACCAUCUUGAAAGACGCUAAAAAUAAAGUAACAUCGGGAUCGGGGGCGGAGACAAAAACUGCCGCAGAGACAAAAACUGAGAUAAAAACUGAGACGAAAACUGUUUGCCCUGCUACCCAAGGUCCUUACGAUUAUCUCAUUCCUGAUUGGGACCCCGAUAAGGGAGCGGGAGGUUCACAAGUCCCCGAGCCUAUGGAAGUGGGACAAGCGGUACCAUCAGCUCCGCAAAUAGAUCCUGCAACUGUCCCUCUGCCUCCUGAGGAAGAGGAGUUAAAGACUCUUUUACAUGAGCAGGCAGAUGCAAUGACUAAACUAUUGAAUGAGAUGCAACGGUUGGAUAAAGGUUCCAAAUCAAGGGUGGUUAAAGAGAGUUAUCGCAAGGCACAUAAGUCUAUUGUUGAAGGUCUGAAAAAUAUUGAGAAACAAUUAACAAAGAUUGAGUCUGGUAAUUGUGUUCACCCUGCUGCUGUUACUGAAGAGAAAAAUACAGAUGGUAAAAUGUCAGUGGAAAGGGUUCGUCAACGGGUGUUACAAAGUAUCAGAGAUGGUGAAAUGAACAUAGAGGAGGGCGAUUGGUAUUUGCGGUCUAAGUAUGGUUCAGAAGCGAGACUGUCUGCGGAGGAUAAGAGAAAGCUUGCAGAUUGGUUUGCAUUGUAUCCUCAGUAUAAAAGGAAAGAGGAUUCAGCAAGUGGAAUGGUGGAUGAUGUCUGGAAGUGGUGGAGAGGGAAAGCGAAUGAGGAAAAGUCAAAGGAGACUCCUAAACAGAGAAAUUCUGAUUACAUCCCAAAAGAUCCCAACUUUGACAUGUCAAACCGGUGGAAGGGAGUUGUAACCAAUGCUGAAAUUACUGGGGAUUUUCAGUUUACAGCUGCACCAGUAACUAUUGAUAAUAAUGGACAGAGAAACUGGCAGCCUAUAGAUUGGACCACAGUUGCCAAAAUACAGAAAGCAAUUUUAGAUUAUGGAAUAGACAAUCGACUGGUCAGAAGACAGAUGGAAACAUUUAUAAAACAUCAGACACUAAUACCCACAGACAUUAAACAUCUGUUUGAACUGAUGCUGGGACCUACGAGUUAUAUGAUGUUUGUUAACAAGUGGCAGGAAAGAUUAGAGCAGAAACAGCUUGAUAACUUGACACUGCCGCACGGAGAUCCCUUACGGGUGGCCUCCCUAGAGCAAUUAAUGGGGAACGGUCAGUACGUUGACCCACAGCGGCAAGCUGCGCUAGACUUGCGAAUUCUGGCUCAAAGCAAAGUGGCUGCCCUUGAAGCUUUCGCCAGUUUGCCACAGGUCGGCACUCCAAAACAACCAUACUUGCAAAUUAAACAGAGAGACUCUGAGUCAUUUAUGGCAUUUGUUGACAGAAUUACAGAAGGUGUUGAAAUGGCACCUGACAUUCCAGCCAACAUGAAAGAGACAUUGGUAAAAGAGAUUGCUAUGCAAAAUGCCAAUGCUGCAUGUCGGAGGUUAAUUGCCACUUUACCCCCUGCUGCUUCUUUACUGCAAAUGGUAGAACAAUGUUCUCGAGCCCCGAUGGAAGAAGAGAAGGAAAAGGCUCGAAUUCAUGCCUCUGCAUUAGCAGCUGCAUUGUCCAAAUGCUCGCCACAAGGAAAGGGGGACAAGGGCUCAAAUCCUGUAUGUUUUAAGUGUGGACAGACGGGACAUUUUAAAAAGCAUUGUCCUACAAUUAAGGCUGUUACUAACCAAGUAUCGUCGAUGAGUUCUCCAUUCGCAGGUACCUGCAACAAGUGUGACAAGUUCGGACACAGAGCGUCAGACUGCAAAUCCCGAUUUAAGAAGGAUGGAACACCUCUUGUGCCCCAGCAGGGAAACGGGGGAGGCCGCGUGGGGGGCGCGGCUCAGACCUCAUCUUAAGCGACCGGACCCCCCACAACGGAGGCUGCCUCGACGAUCUACUCGCCGCCACCAGAGGAAGCGCUGGCCUCGAUUUGGUCGUAAGUGAAACAAUAACAAUCACAACACAGGAGGUUACACUAAUCCCUACUACCAGUAAAGGACCAUUAGGGUAUGGACUUUCUGCCUUGCUAAUAGGAAGAUCUUCAGCUACAAGAACUGGAAUUUUUGUACAACCAGGAUUAAUCGAUAGUGACUUCACAGGAGUUAUUCACAUUAUGGUUAAUAUUUUUACACCACCAAUUACCAUUCCAAAAGGCAGUAAGAUAGCACAAUUGAUUCCUUUCAAAGCCUGUGUACCACAUUCAACACCUAAAAUCAGAGGAACAGGAGGGUUUGGGUCUACAGAGCCACUAAUAGCUUUCUCUGAGGUGAUAACUAACAACAAACCUACACGUUCUGUUACCAUUAUCCAUCCUGACACUCAGAUCACCCCUAAAACCAUUACAGCUGAGAUGAUGAUUGACACGGGUGCAGAUGUCACUAUAGUGCCAGCUGCAUAUUGGCCAAAAGCGUGGCCAAUUGUAAAUUCAUCUGAGAAGGUUUUGGGAAUAGCAGGACUAGCAGAAAUGAGAAAAAGUGCUGUGUUAUUGGACAUCAAAGACAAUGAGGGGAACAUUGCAAAAGUAACACCUGUAAUCAUGAACACACCCUUAUGGUUGCUAGGUCGAGAUGUACUCUCCCAAUGGCAACUUGUUUUGUCUACUCCUUUUCCAUAGCGGCCACUGACAAAGGUGCUCUUCCCACUAUUAAGCUGACUUGGAAAACUGAUAAGCCUGUGUGGGUUGAUCAGUGGCCGCUCACUGAUGAAAAAUUGGAGCACCUGAACCAGCUUGUGGAUGAACAAUUAGAGAAAGGCCAUAUAAAAGAAUCUUUUAGUCCUUGGAACACUCCAGUUUUUGUUAUACAGAAAAAAUCAGGAAAAUGGCGAUUUUUGCACGAUCUUCGUGCUGUUAAUGAGCAAAUGACGCCAAUGGGAGCGUUACAACCAGGCCUACCUUCUCCAGCUGCAAUACCUGUUAAUUGGGCUGUCUACAUUAUUGAUCUUAAGGAUUGUUUCUUUAGUAUUCCACUCGAUCCUGCUGAUACUCCACGAUUUGCCUUUAGUAUACCAUCAAAGAAUAACAGUGCCCCCAUGAGAAGAUUUGAAUGGAUAGUUCUGCCACAGGGAAUGCGUAAUAGCCCAACCAUAUGUCAAUGUCAUACUAACUUGCCUGGAUUCUUGUCAGAAGGAAACGCGAAAGCCGAUGAGGUGGUGAGUGCUGGAGCCCAGCAAAAUGAUACUGAUGAACCUUCUGUUUCUGUCAAAUCAGCCACUCAGGCAAUUAAGCAAGCACAAGUAAGUCAUGCAUUCUUUCACCAAUCUGCAAAAAGUUUGUCUAAGGAAUUCUCUAUAUCUCUGCAAACUGCUCGUGGCAUUAUUGCCUCGUGUCCUGAUUGUGCCAAGGUCUCACCCCUACAAUCAGAAGGCACUAAUCCUAGGGGGACUGAGGCAAGAGAGUUAUUUCAAACAGACAUUACAAUUGUUCCGUCAUUUGGACGUCUAAAAUAUGUUCAUGUCACAGUAGAUACAUAUAGUUCAGCCUUGUGGGCAUCUGCCAUGACAUCAUCGGGGGCGUCAGCAACGUGUCGACAUUGGAGAAUGGCAUUUGCUGUAUUAGGAAACCCCCAAACAAUUAAGACAGACAAUGGUCCAAAUUAUAAAAGCCAAAUUGUUGAAGCGUUUCUUUCAGCCUGGAAUAUCAAACAUUUAUUUGGAAUUCCUUACAAUAGUACAGGACAGGCAAUUGUUGAAAGAAAGCAUUCUGAUCUCAAACGAUAUAUUGCCAUUUUUCAAAGACAGGGGGAGUUUUCCCAUUCCCACUCCCCCCACGAUAUUCUUUCAAAGGCCAUUUAUAUUUUAAAUUGGAAACUCUGGUCACAAAAGUCGAAUCAAGAAGUCGGGUCAACCCCUAUCUUUAGACAUUUUACUCAAAACAAUCCUUUAAAAGAAACACACGUUUCUGUGCAAGUUUGGGACCCCUCAUCAGCCACCUGGAAUGGACCAUGGAGAUUAAUAACUUGGGGUCGUGGAUAUGCUUGUGUCAUUACAGAGGACGGAGAGCGGUGGUUGCCAGCCAAGUGGGUGCGACCCUGGCUACAUGCUGAAACCAAGGAAAACAAGGAGGAUGAUCAAACGGCGAUAGAAGAAAUUGCUGACUUAGAAGCUGCACACAACGUCACCAGAGACAACUGAUCUGAGACCCUGCAUCUUCCGAUGUCUAUCCUGGCAGAUGCAUCGGAUCGCUGCUACAGUGUUUGAAAAGAAAGGGGGAGAUGUGGGGAAUUUUGUAGGGGCUGUUGCUUUGCAAUCGAUAUGUAGGCGAUUGGAACACAGCGGGUAAGACACCAGUCAGCCCAAGGACACUGUGUCCGCUUCGUGCUUUCUAUGAAAAAAAGCAGGGUUGGCCUGAGGAUGUUGCGUCCUUGUGAUACAGCUGUGCAAAGUAAAACAAGUAAUGAAUCAGUCAUGAAUAUACCUUAGAACAAAGGAUCUGCACAUCUGGAAAUGUAGGGUUUGAUAUAUGAGCACACGUACUGCUUAUAAA